AUGGCUAUGAGCCUCAAGGUGCUCAUACCGUUCCUGGUGGCCAUGAUGUUGGUGACGGGUGUCUGCAAUACUCUUCUCACAAAGUAUCAAGACAAUGUCUGCGUCCGAAAUUGCGAUGACCCCGAUCCUAAGAAACGAUCAUUAUUCGAGCAGCCGGUUAUACAGACGGCUCAAAUGUUUGUCGGAGAGAUGGGCUGCUGGCUCUUUGUUGGUGCAUUUUCUCUUUAUCGUCGCUAUGUCGCAAGUAGUCCAAAGCCCGAAGAGAUUGGGUACGAAGCAGUGGAUACACAUGAAGGAGAGGCUGCGGAUAACGAUGGAGCGAGUAUCAUGUCAAGCUCGACUGCGAAGAUAUUGGCAAUGAACGUGGAGGAGGAUAGAAUACCGUUAGUGGGGUGGAGAGUGUUACUUCUAGCCUUGCCGGCCAUUUGUGACAUCUGUGGAACGACUUUGAUGAACGUCGGUCUCUUGUUUGUAGUGCCCUCUAUAUACCAGAUGACCCGAGGUGCUUUGGUGCUCUUUGUUGGACUUUUCAGUGUUAUCUUUCUUAAAAGAAGACUGCAUCUAUUUCAAUGGUUCGCUUUAGCAACGGUUGUUCUUGGAGUUGCCGUUGUUGGCCUCGCUGGGGCCCUCUACCAGGAUGACAAAUCUGCACCAUCCUCAAUAGCACUCGUCCAUGAAGCACUUAAACUGGCGGCGAGGGAAGCCAGAACGCCAGAAGCCCUGCGCGCAAUUAUUGGCGUAUUUUUAAUUGCUGGCGCCCAAAUCUUUACAGCCUCUCAGUUUGUCUUGGAGGAAUACAUUCUGGAAAACUAUGCCUUGGAGCCUCUCAAAGUUGUAGGAUGGGAAGGCCUCUUCGGGUUUGGGGUCACGAUUUUUGGUAUGAUCAUCCUCCACCUCGCAGUCGGUAGGACUACUGCUGGAAGAUAUGGAUAUUUCGACCUUGUUGAAGGAUGGAGACAAAUCACGCACUACAAAGCCAUCCGGGUUUCAAGUGUACUUAUUAUGAUUAGCAUUGGUGGCUUCAAUUUCUUUGGACUCUCUGUGACUAGAACAGUCAGCGCUACAUCUAGAUCUACCAUCGACACUUGUCGUACGCUUUUUAUCUGGAUUGUAUCCCUAUUCCUCGGUUGGGAAACCUUCAAGUGGUUGCAAGUUCUCGGAUUUGCACUACUCGUUUACGGCACCUUCUUAUUCAACAACCUUGUUCGACCUCCUUUGAAAUCUUGCAUCGUACGUGAGAGGGUGGAGGAACUUCUUCCAGAAGAACCAGUUGAGCAUAUGUGA